AUGCAUCCGCGUGCCCGUGCGCGCAAGGCCGAGCUGGUGCCGUCGGGAUACGCCUCGGAGCAAAUCGGCGAGCAGCACGGAAAUGUGCUCGAGUGGAUGAUCCAGAAGGAGCUGCUUGCGCAAGACGUGUUUGUGCUUGGUGACGCAGGCUCGAUGCGCAGGGAACUGGUCUUGGCGUAUUGCGAGCUGGCUGAGCGCGAGGUCGAGUACAUGCCGAUCUCGCGUGAUACUACUGAAUCGGAUCUGAAGCAGCGGCGAGAGAUUGCGGGCGGCAGCAUCGCGUACGUCGACCAGGCAGCAGUUCGCGCUGCCAAGGCAGGCCGCGUUCUUGUCCUCGAUGGCAUCGAGAAGGCCGAGCGCAACGUCAUGCCCAUCCUCAACAACCUGCUAGAGAACAGAGAGAUGAACCUCGAGUCGGGCGAGCUGCUCAUCGCACCGGAAAAGUACGACGCGCUCGAGGCCCAGCACGGCAAGGAGGCGCUCGACAAAUGGGGCCUCAUCCGCGUCCACGAGGACUUUCGCGUCAUGGUCCUCGGCCUCCCUGUUCCGCCGUACGAGGGAAACCGGCUCGAUCCGCCGUUCCGUUCCCGAUUCCAGGCCACUGCCCUUCCGCCGCCGUCGGCCGACGAGCUGCUCUCGCUUGCCCACGGCCUGGCCCCGAGCGUCCCGCUCGAUGUCACCCGCUCGGUCGUCGGCUUUGCCCUCGCUGCCCACGCCGCGUCGGCGCCAGGCAAGGCGGCGGCCCACACCAAGGCCGCCGGCGACAAGCCGCGCUCGCCGCUCCCGCUAGGCUUUCCGUUUUACCCGGGCCUGGCGCGGACGUUCAACACGCUGGAGGCUGUCGCGUCCCAGGCGCCGGCAGUUGUCCCGCAUCUGGUGACUCCACUGAUGGACGCCACGUUUCCUUGGCGUGAGGCGCUCAAGGCCUCGUCUCCAGCGUCGGCAUCCGAGGCCGCCUCGGCCAUGUCUGUCGCUGCCGCUCGCUUCAACCUCAAGGGGGCGAGCAAGGCCGCCUCUGAUCUUGCCGUCCGCCGCCUCUCUGAAGCCUCAGCCCCGGGCUUUGCCGCCUUUGAGUUUGAGCACCCUGCCACCAACUCGCGGUUCGUGCUCGAGGCACCCGUCGGCACCCGCGCCGCCGACACUUUUAUGGCCUCGGACGCCGCCCACGACUCGAGCGCAGUCGCCCACAUCGUUCUCGCGCUCGCCACCGGGGUCGAUGCGGCGGUGGUCGGCGGCCGCGGCGUCGGCAAGUCGCACGCUGCCAAGUCGGUCGCCGCCCUGCUUGGCGUCGACCUCGAGGUCCUCCCCAUGUACAAGGACAUGUCGACUCGCGAUCUGCUGAUGCGGCGGACGACGUCGGUCGAGGGCAACACGGCGUGGGAGCCGACGCCGUUGGUCCUCGCCGCGCUCGACGGCUCGCUCUGCGUCCUCGACGGCAUCGACCGCAUCGACCCGGGAUCGCUUGCUGUUCUUCAGAGCCUCCUCCACCACCGCAGUGCGACGCUGCCGAACGGGCUCCGCCUGGUCCAUCCGGACGCGCCCGAGGCACUCGUGCGCGACCCCACCGAGGUUGAGCGCCUCCUUCGUGCCGCCGAUGCAUCCGAGGCCGCGCCGCUUCCGGUUCAUCCGGCCUUUCGGGUCCUUGGCCUCGGCCUCCCGCCCGCGUCGGGCGCACCGUGGCUCAACUCGGAGGCCGCCACCCUCUUUCGCACCCAUGUCCUCCCGCCGCGGAGCCAGGCUCAGUUUGAGGAGCUCCUUGCCGCGCUUUUCCCGUCGCUCGAGGCUGCAAGCCUGCAGCGAAUCACCUCGCCGCGGCUCGGCCUCUCGCUCCGGCAGGCUAUCCAUGUGGCCAAGCGCGUCGAAUCGCACCCGGCAGAUGAGCGCAACGCGGUCGAGCGGACGCUACUGGUCGCCUUUCUGCCCUCGGUCGAGCGCGAGGUGAAGACCGAGGUUCUUGACGAGGUCUUUGGAGCAUCGCCCAUCAAGGCUGCCGACGACGCGCCUGUCCGCAUCGCAGUCACACCAGACGCAGUGACUAUUGGCGACGUGUCGGCACCGCGGCGGGUCGGCGCCGACCCCACACUCGUGCCACAGAUCGGCCACCGGUUUGCGGACAUUCCAGCCCACACCGCGGUCCUCGAGUCGCUGCUCAAGGACUACUCGGCCGGCGAGUCGCUGCUGCUCAUCGGGCCGCAAGGCGUGGGCAAGAACAUGCUCUGCGACCGGUUCCUCGAGCUGCUCAACGCGCCGCGGCAGUACAUCCAGCUCCACCGCGACUCGUCGGUGAUGAGCCUGACGUCGAACCCGAGCUUUGAGGGCGGGGUGCUGUCUUGGGGCGACUCGCCGCUGGUCAAGGCCGCCAUCCACGGCCAUGUUCUUGUGGUCGAUGAAGCUGACAAGGCGCCGCUGGAGGUCGUCGCCGUCCUCAAGUCGCUCAUCGAGGACGCCCACAUGCUGCUGCCCGAUGGGCGCAAGCUAGUGGCGCCCGAGGUGGCGGCGGCGCUCGGCAGCAACGCCGGCCUCGUCCCCAUCUCGCCUGACUUUCGGGUCAUCGUCCUCGCCAAUAAGCCAGGCUUCCCGUUCCUCGGCAACGACUUUUACCGCGAGUGUGGCGACUUGUUUGCCGUCCACUCGAUCGACAACCCAGACGCGGCGUCCGAGCUGAUGAUGCUGCAGGCGCAUGCCAAGGGCGUUGACGACGCCUUGCUCAAGUCGCUCACUGCGGCGUUCCGCGACCUGCGCGCCUCGGUCGAUGCCGGUCAUCUCUCUUAUCCGUACUCAUCACGCGAGCUGGUGGCUAUUGUGCGGCAUGCGUCCAAGUUCCCGUCGUCGGGCCUCGCCGGCGCCCUCCACAACGUGUUUGACUUUGACGCCCACGAUCCGGCGGUCCUUGCGCUACUGGCGUCGACGUUCCGGGCGCAUGGCUUGCCGCUUGGCGUCACACCGCAGUUCCGAACUGCAGUGGCGCCUGCGGUGCCGCUGGGCGAGCCGCUGGAGGUGGCGUCGUGGGCCAAGGUGCCCGGCUCGACCGUGAGCGUCGAGGCUACUCAGGUCGAGCUCGAGGCCGAUGCCGAGUUUGACUGGGAGGCGCCGUCGCCGGUGGCCUGCACCGAUGACGGCGGACGGCCGGGCCUCGACGCCAACAUCUUCAACGAGCACGUCGGUACGACUCGAGUGCCGAGCCGCGGCCAGCCGGUGGCAGUGGCGACUGGCGGCGAUGGUGGCGUCCACGUGGUCGGCUCCUCGCCGGAAAUGCUGUUCUCGUACUCGGCAGAUCGGCGGAGCUACACCACGCUUGACCUCUUUGCCAGCAGCGGCGGCGACGGCUUUGGUGGCGCUGGCCGGUACGUGCCGAACAUCGAGAUUGCCGCGCUGCCGCGGGACCAGAAAAUCUUCCUUGCCUACCAGGGCGAGGGGCUGCUGCUCGACCUGGCUGCCCGGCGUGGGCAGCGGUUCGAGCUCCCGGCCGGGACGGUCGGCGGCCACGCGCAGAUCAACGCCAUGGCGUCAUCGUUUUCGAUCUGGGGUCAGAGCACGGGCGGGAAGCGGUCGCGGCUGGACGAGGAGCUCGUGGUCAACGCGGCGCUUGCAGAAGAGCUCUCUGCGCUUGUGCUCUACUCGCCACGUGGCGACCUCAUUCAUCUACUCUACGCCAACAACGUGCUAGAGACGGUGACACUGCCCAAGGGUACAGAGCUCGCCGCUGUCGACCCGAUCUCGCCGCUGGUGUACCUGCUGACGCUCGACAAUGGACAGCGGGCGCUGCUGGAGGGCGACCGGGCAACGCCGGGCUUUGCCAAGUUCAGCCUGCUGCGCGGGAGUGGCGCGAGCGAGCUGCGCGUGGCUAGCAAGGUUGGGGCGCCCAAGGUGGUUGCGGCCGGCGGCGAGGUCAUGGCUGCGAUCGACGAUGGGGCGCUGAGCGCAAGCGAGGGCAGCGCCGAGAGCGGCAAGAUGCUCGGAUGGAUGCGGAGCGAGCACGCAGGCGCCGGGCGGACGGUGGUGGCAUCGGUCCACUGCCGGGCGAGCGGCGAGAAUGAGGACCAAGCAUUUGUGGCCGACCGUGGAUCGGAUGGCAACGUGGUCAACGUGCUGGCGUGCGAGGAACCCGGGACGUACGAGCUGGAGGUGGUGGAUCUCGGCGCGCACACGGUGCGGCGGUUUGGAUUCGACGCGCGGUCCGGCAUGAUGGCAGCGAUGGUGGAGGCCGAGAGCGCGACAGGAGCCUCGGGCUUGCGGAGCUCGCGAAGUGCGCCGUCUGUAGUCGACGCGGUCGAGCUGCCGCACGGGUGCGUGGGCGUGCAGAUGACAGACGGCGCGAUGUACGUGUUUAAGGUCGACGCGCUGGCGCUCGAGGCUGAGCUGGCGCGGUGGCAGGGCUUUGCCGGCAAGGGCGAGGGCGGCAGGCGGGCGCGGCGGGUGGAGAAGAAGCGGACGCGGCACCGGAGCCCGACGGCGCCCAAGCACGGCAAGAUCGAUCCGGACAACACACCGCACGUGGGCGGGAACCAGUGGCACGGUGGAACCGGCGGGGCAGACACAGCCGGGCUUGGCGGCGUGGGCGGCCCGUACCGGGUUGACGCCGGGCACAACGUGCACCAGGUGCCGGACUCGGUGAAGGCCGAGCUUGACGCGGAGACUGCGGCGGCGGCGCGGGCGAUGGGCGAGGCGGCGCUGGCUGAGCGGCUGAAGGAGAUCGAGAUGUCGCACCACGAGGCGGGGCUGUACGACCGGUACCGGUCGUCGGUGGCGACGCCGAUCCGUGAGCUGGAGGUCCUGCUCUCGUCGCUCGAGGCCAAGAACAAGGAGCGGGCGUGGUUGAGCCACCAGUCGACCGGCGAUUUGGACGAGGCCAAGCUGGUGGAGGGCCUGACAGGCGAGACGAACGUGUACAAGCGGCGCGGCAAGGCGACGAGUCUGCCGUCUGCGGCGCAGCGCAAGCCCAAGAAGAUGUCGUUUGUGCUCGACUGCUCGGGCUCGAUGUACCGGUUCAACGGGCUCGACGGGCGGCUGGAGCGGCUGCUGGUGUGCAGCCUUAUGAUUAUGGAGGGUCUUGCGCCGGGCGUGGCGGCGGGCACGCUGCAGUACUCGAUUGUGGGCCACUCGGGCGGCUCGCCGGCCAUUCCGCUGGUGAGCUACGACGCGCCGCCCGCCAACGAGGCCGAGCGGCUGCGUGUCCUCCAGACCAUGGCCGCACACUCGCAGUUCUGCCCGUCGGGUGACCACACCGUGGAAGCGGCGCAGCUGGCAAUGGACGCUAUGGCCGAAGAGGACGCCGAUGAGAAGUUUGUCUUUGUGGUGAGUGACGCCAACCUGGCGCGGUACGGCAUCCCGGCGUCGGCGCUCGGCAACGCGCUGGCCUCGCCCGACUCGGACGACAUUGCCGGAUACGCAGUCAUGGUGGCCUCGUUUGGCGACGAGGCCUCGGACAUUGUUGCCGCCGUCGGUCCUGGCCGUGGUUUUGUCUGCUCGGAUCCUGCCGAGCUCGUCGAUGUCUUCCGUGAGGUGGUCAAGUCGACUCUGUAGCCUGCGGCGGUGAUCAAAGUGACGUGUGUGUG